GAGCGUGACAUACGCGUGUGAAUUGACCAUGGCGUUGUGUAGCUGUGUGUGACCUGUCAGGCAGGCCAUCAUCACCAAACAGCUCCGGAAGACGCGUCAGCGCACCGAGACCUGCUGCCAGCGCCGCCGGGGCGACAGAUUUAACGAUGGGCUCCCGAAUCAAGGAGAGUCCUGAGGCCACGUUCGAGUUGUACGUGGAGGUGGUCCAGCCAGGCAAGCACAGCUCCGAGGUGGAGGUCCAGAAGCAAUACCCUGAAGACUACACCGACCAGGAAACACUUCUUACUGUGCCAAAGUUCUGCUUCCCCUUCAGCAUGGACAGCCUGACAGUCAGCCAGGUGGGUCAGAACUUCACCUUUGUGUUGACGGACAUCGAGAGUAAACAAAGAUUUGGCUUCUGCCGCCUCUCCUCUGGGGCACACACCUGCUACUGCAUUCUCAGCUACCUGCCCUGGUUUGAAGUCUUUUACAAGCUGCUUAACAUCCUUGCAGAUUAUGCCGUCAAAGGCCAGGAGAGCGAGUGGCAGGAGCUCCUGGUAUCACUACACACACUCCCCAUACCUGAGCCUGGAGUCCCUGUUCACCUCGGAGUGCAUUCUUUCUUCACUGUGCCUGAUAUGAUGGAACUCCCCAGCAUCCCAGAGAACAGAAACCUGACAGAGUACAUUGUAGCCGUAGAUGUCAAUAACUUGCUUCAUAUAUAUGCCAGUAUGCUUUAUGAACGUCGAAUCCUCAUCUGCUGUAGCAAACUAAGCACUUUAACAGCUUGUGUCCAUGGGUCUGCCGCCAUAUUGUAUCCAAUGCACUGGCAACAUGUUUACAUUCCUGUCCUUCCUCAGCAUCUUCUGGAUUACUGCUGCGCCCCCAUGCCCUACCUUAUUGGAGUUCAUUCCAGCCUGAUGGAGAAAGUUCGAGGGAUGGCCCUAGAUGAUGUGGUGGUCUUAAACGUAGAUACAAACACACUAGAAACCCCUUAUGAUGACCUGCAAAGUCUGCCUAAUGAUGUGGUUUCAUCCUUGAAAAGUCGUUUGAAGAAGGUUUCAGCAACAACGGGCAGCGGCGUGGCUCGAGCCUUUGUGAGGAGUCAGGCGGCGCUGUUCGGCAGCUACAGGAACGCCCUGCAGAUCGAAGCGGGGGAACCAAUAACGUUUAACGAGGAGACCUUCAUCAACCAUCGCUCUAGUGCCAUGAGACAGUUUCUCCAGAAUGCCAUUCAGUUGCAGCUCUUCAAACAGUUCAUUGAUAACCGCUUGGACCUGCUGAACUCGGGCCAGGGCUUCAGUGACAUCUUUGAGGAGGAAAUCAGCAUGGGUGAAUAUGCAGGCAGUGACAAGACCUACCACCAGUGGCUGCUCACUGUGAAGAAAGGGGGUGGAGCUAUCUUCCAAUCAGUAAAGACUAAAGCUAACCCAGCCAUGAGGACUGUUUACAAGCUUGCGAAGGACCAUGCAAAAAUGCGCAUCAAGGAAGUCAAAAGCCGGUUGAAGCAGAAGGAGCAGAUUGAGAACGGCUUGUCCAGUCCUGGAUCAGUGGUUAUUGAUGAUGACAACACAGUGGGAAAUUCCUCCUCUACUCAUGCAGCCAUGAAGGAGGGGCCCCUGCGCCUCUGGGAUGAUCAGAGACCCAUCACCGUGCACUUUGGACAGGCUCGACCUCCGAUGUUGUUGAAGAGACCGAGCAGCAACGUGAGUCUGGAAAGCAUCUCUGACCACUCUAGCCGUCCUACCCGACAUUAUACCGUCUUUCUGUCUGAGGAUUCAUCCGGGGAUGAGCUCCAAUACGACACUGAUUCCAUCUCUGGGUUUCCUGACAGUUUCCUCUUCUCUGUCCCUUUUGACUGGUCUCCUCUGCCACAGCCAUACCGCUCGCUCAAGGAGGUGGACCUGAUAGAGGGGGAGGAUGCUGGUUUUGGGGCAGAAAGUCACACUGCUCCUCCCAGUCCAGUUACUGAAAAGUUCUCCAACAUCAACCUUCUGGGGGACAUUUUUGUCUGCCAGGACGAACCUGACAGCCACCCAGUUACAUUGGCCAAGAGUCUGGAAGACCUGAGGACUCCCAAAGACUCUGAGGAGCUACAAGCCAAGUUCACCUACCAGCGGUUGGACUUGAGUAGUGUUGACAGGUCACGGAUGCUUCCAGGCCUGAAGCUUUCUGACCCCUACACCAAGCUGUGGAGUUCAGAGCGGGUGCCUCCUGUCUGUGAAAGACUAUCAUCCACCCAGCUCCCUGUGCAGCUGGACUCCUCCUCCCCAGCACGUGAAAGCUCCGGGACAGCCUCUGACCUUUUGGAUCCCUCCAACCCUGCCAACAUAACCAUUCCUCGUCCCCAUGGUAGGAAGACUCCUGAGCUGGGUUCUGUCCUCGCUCCCCCCGCUGCCCAGCCACGCCCUAAGGUAGCAGCCUUUGGUGAAGGAAGGACUUCAUCGGGGGGGCAGGAGUUCAGGCAAGCUCUGAGCAUGACCUCAGAUGGAGAUCUGCUAGGACCCACCAAGGCUGCUGAGGACAGCAUGGAUCUGCUGAGCCUUCUGGACCCUCUGAACAACUCCUCACAGUCCAACUCUACUGCACUGACUGAAACACUAGAUAUCAGUUCCAAACCACCACUACCCCCCCGGCCCUUCCCUCCGGGUUUGCCACCUUUCACACUUCACCCCCACAUCCCGAUGAAUCCUUUCACCCCGUCUCUGCAGCACUACUCCCCCACUGUGUGUGGGAACCCCUUCAGUGCUGUCUGUGUACCUUCUCCAGGUUCCUACAUACACACUUCCUCCCAGCCUCAGGCCUUCUCUACACUACCAGGUCUCUACAGACAGCACUCACCCAGCCAGGGACCGCCCCAGUCCACUUUCCCCUCCUCGGUCUCCCCCGUUCCUCGCUCUGACAGCAGCCUCACCCUCUCCAGCCUUGUAGACUCCACCUCUGUCUUUAGCUCGCCUAUGAACAUGCUGCCAAAGCCGCUACAAGCAGAAAACCAGGGGGCUCAGGACCCCUUUGGGGACCUGCUGAGUUUGGUCACACCUGCUGCACCACAGAAGAAGAAGGUGGAGGAACUUCGGAGGAAGUGGGAAACGUUUGACUGAACCUGUACAACGAUGAGCCCUUUCUCAUCACCUUCAGGGCUUUCUGCUGCUUUAGAUGGUGCAUCACCUCUGAUGAUUCUGCUAAUGCAGCUUUCAGAAGUUAAAAAAAGUUUGUUUUGUUUUGUUUUUUUUUCAGCUGAGGUUGAAGUUUAGACUUUUAGACAAAGGAACAUCAUAGUUCUACUAAAGUCUGGACUGAGACUGAGUUAUGAAGGGCCCUCAGCGUUCCAGGACCUCAGACAUAGUUAAAAAACUCACACUAAUGUUGUCUCAGUGAAUGUCCUUAGAUUAGUCCUAGAGUCCCCGUGGGUGGCCUAACUGGGUCUCAACUUGGUUCAGGUUCUUUGACUAAGUUGUGUCUGAUGGAUACUUGCAAACAGAUCAGGACAAGUAACUUAACUGCAACAAUUUUACUCGACAUUUGCUUGUAGUUUUGACAUAAAUCAGGUAAGACCAACAUUUACCCAAUCUGUAAUCGUCAGCAGUCACAGACCAAUGAGAUUUGAUGCUGUUCCAUUGGUUCUAAAUCUCCAUUCUUCUGUGCUGAGGAAAGGAACAAGAGUAGAUGGAUCUGUGUUUGCUUCCAGGUUUAAAACUGAGUCCAUCACCAGGCAGGAUUAUACCCAUCAGAGUUCCAGUGGUAGGAGGACUGGAUAAAAGGGGCUCUGGGGUCCCAGCUGGUGGUGUUAAGUCACCAUGCCUUAGUCUCACUCAUAAGCAACAGUAGGUAACACUAGCAAGGCUCACGGUUGUGUCCAUGGCAACGUGAUGGCAGCAUCCAACAGUGAGGCUUUGUUAAGGAUCUGGAACAACCAGUGAGAGUGUUUAGCAGAAUCACAGGAACUAGAGCCUAACAGAUCAAUCUUAUGGUUCUCAGUUAUUAGUUCCAUUUUUUUCUACUUUAGCUUGUUUUUAAACUUUUUUUUUUCAAACACAUCAGAGAUGAUGGACCAUAAACUUCCCCAGAAAGUCCUGCUCCAGUAAACAAAACUAGUGACACCACGACGUUGCUGCAGCUGUGUGUAGUAAACAUCUGGUGGAUGUGAACUGCCUCCUCACCACUUCAUCUCACCGGUUUCCCACAGUCAGGAUGUUUCCCUGCACUUCCUGAUCCCUCUGAAACAUAAGGCUUCAGCUCUGUGACGAGGCUGUAUUAUUACUACAAUCGGCUCCUUGGCUAUAGCUAACACCCCGUUAGAGGACCUUGGCUGCAGGCUGUGGGGCCGGCGGUUCACCUGUUAGUGGUUUAUAGUCUCCUGUAGACAGCUGCUGCUUUUCUUGGCCUUCAUGAUGCUUCCUGUUUCUGCUUCUUUCUUUGACCUGUGGAAAUACUUUCAACUGCUGUUUAAAACCAUUCAUUUAAAAAUAAACCUGCAAGCCUAUAAUUACUAUUAUUCCAAAAAUUAUAUUUAAACAACUCUCUUAUUAAACAGAAACAUUUUGAAGCAUUUCAUUUGCAGUCUGUUGUUUCAGAGGAUCUUUUUGGUUUGUGUUUGAGUCCUGCCCGAUAAUCCAGACUGCUACAGAGUUAUGGGACAGCUCUAAAGUCCGCAUAAAGAGGAAGGAAACGGUUUGGCUGAUUCCCUCGUCGUCGUAACGGUGAUCCUUGGUAAAGAACCUGAUAUCGUUGGAAAGCCUGAUGAGUCACAACAGGGUAGAACUUGGCAGGAUGAGCGAAACACCCUUUCAUUUUAUUAUUUUUGGCGGGGUCUUUCAUCAAUAGGUACCAAAAUGUGACCUUUCAGUCAAACGGGUGAAGAAGCCAACAAGUUGUGGCUUUCAGCUUACUAAGAGAUUCACUUUUGAGUGGUUCUGCUUCAAGUAGUAAAGAAGUGUUUCCAGUGAGAGCGUUGAACUGGUGCAGAGUUGUAAACUAGUAGAGACACAACUUUUGAUAUCAGUGAGUUUCAGUAAAACACAGCAGGCUGUUAGUGCUGUUAAGAAGUACUCAACAUGGAUCGUUGCCAACUUUUAUUGAGUGCUGCUUAGCUGGUGAGUUAAGGCUCACGUUUAAAAGAAAAAAAUAACUAAGAUGCAAACAUCCAAUGGAAACUGAAAGCUAACCUGGUGAGGAUCUGCUGUCAGUGAAGACAGGGAAGGCUAACGGGUGAACUGAUAAAAGUUGCAAA